GAUUGUCGACGUGCUUGGCGUUGAUAGCUCUAUAGCAAACAUAGUAGUAUCAUGCGCUUGCUCUAUAUGUAGCAUUAGGCGCUUGCAUGCAAUCCUGGGACCGACUCAUUUUUGUGCGCCGACCUCAUCGCUCUCAGGUCCCGGAAGGACAUCAUGCAGCUUUAUGCACCCUGAAUGCACGCAUUCGUGAGGUUGUGAAGCUUGGGUACCUGCAGCGUCGUUUUCCCGCCUUUCUCUCGCGCGGUGGUUGGCCGGCGGUUGCGAGUGGAACCUUGCUUUCGCUCGCGUGCAUUCACCUAUACUGCCGUCAUCAAAUCAAAUUUAUGAGGCGCGUUGGCGUGUGUCUGGUGCGGCGCUCGACGCGUCGACGACUCGGCGAUCUGCCAUUUGGUGUGAGGACAAGAGGGUGCAUUCGCCCCUGCAGAAACAGCGACCGACAUGAUCAGCAAUCUAUCAAAGAGCAAUCUAAAAGUCAAACGCCCACACUAUAGUAAGUCUCUCCUCCAGCACAAGCUGUUUAGAAGCUGCCUUUUCUUCCAAGGGCUGUUUUCCAUAGGACAUUAAGCAAGCCAUAUGAGCCAGGUUUUCUGAACAAUGUCGUCGCCAUCGACGUCUGAACUUCGCCGAGCAGCAUGCCCAUGCGGCACCACCCUGCGGCGUGGCUGGGCGCCGCGCCCUGGAGCGCGGCUGUUGCUUUACCGGGCAUGCGUGGGCAACAGAGGUAACGUGAUGCGCCUGGUCGCGUCAGCCACCGCUUCCGCUCCGCUGCGGGCUCAGCUCGGCAGCAAGCGGCCUCGCGCAGCUGACGCCCCCUCUGACGAGGCACGCCUCGCCGCCACGCCCGCCCCCGCCUCAGCACCCCCUGGCCACCAGCACACCGCCGGGCCUUCCCCAGGCGACACGCCACCGCAGCCCCAGCACGCGCCACAUGCGCGGGGCCCCGCGUUCGCAGCACCACGGCCGCCGCCGCCCCACACGCGCGCCCCAGCAGGCCCGCACCCCACCAUCAACGUCGGCGACGGCGUCAGCCUCAGGGCCGCCGCCGCAGCCGCCAACGCGGCGGCGGCGGCCACCCACCGACACCCUGUUCCCGCCGCCCAUACAGGCCCGGUGCCAACGGUGGGGACGCUGGGGCUGCCUGCGCUGCCGGCUGAGCUUCCGGGAGGCGGCAGCGGCGGGGCCAGUGGCGCCGGCGGUGGCGCCGCCGCCGCCGUCGGCUCUCACACGGAACCCGCCAACGCGCGCCUGUCAGCACAUGGCUGCUAUCGUGUGUUGGGUCCGGCCGUCAUACGGCGGCGCGGAGACAUGCUGGUCGCCCGACUGCUGCCCGGAGCCCGACUGGAGCUGAUGGAGGCCGACGGCGCGGCAGCAGCCAUGCGGCCGGCAUUCCAGGCGACUGCUACUGCCUCUGCCGGCGCUGCGGCUGCUGCUGCGGCUGCGAGCCGCAGCAGCGUCAGCAGUAGCAGUAGUGGCAGUAGCGGCAGCAGCGGCUCCAUGGACGGACCUGUGGAUCUGGCGAGCCUGGGGCUCGUCAUCUGCAACAGCCCUAACGGCGGCGGUGGCGGUGGCGGCGGCGGCACGUCGCGCGAUGACUCGGGGCUGGGGGUGGAGCUGCCACUGCGGCGGUGCCUGGUGGCGGCGGCGGCAGGGGACAGUCUGGAUGGGGAGGAUGACAACGCGGCGGAAAUGGAUCUGUACGGCAACGGCAGCGGCAGUAGCUGCGGGUGUGUCAUGGUGGCAGCGGGUGCUGCUGCGGCAGUAGCACUGAACCAGCAGCGGCAGCCGAGGCAGCAGGCGCGGCCGAAUGAGAGCAGCAAGGAGGUGUGGGAGGCGACGGAGGCGGAGGAGGCGCCGGCGGACGGCGCCACGCGGCCGCGCUACAUGGCGGCGGGGGCGGCGGCGGGCCGGGGCGGCGCACAGCCGGCACCGGCGCCGGCGCCGCUGUUGCUGCCGCUGCCGCUGCCGGCGGCCUGCGGCCACCCGCCGCCACGCCCCUGCGCCCCAUCCCACCAGGCCACACAGCAGGAGCAGCAGGCUGUGGGCGUGGGUGGUGAGGAGGGGGGCGUGGGUGGUGAGGAGGGGGGCGUGGGUGGUGAGGAGGGGGGCGGUGAUGCGGCCGCGGGCUGGGGCCUGCUGACGGCGGGCUGUGAUGACGACGAGGACGACGGCGCUGUGGCGGAGUGUGUGUUGGUUGCGGCGCACGUGGAGCUGGGGGGCAGCGCCUGCAGCGUGGACCAGCUGGACGCCGCCCUGCACCCCGCUGUGACCCGCCACAACGGCCGCACCUACGUGGCGGUGCGGCGACUGCCCCCGCACGCCGUCAUCAGACUGCACGCCGACGGAGACCUCAGCCACCCGGUCAACGUCACGCCGCCGCCGCCUCCGCCACAGCCGCCACAGCCGUAGUAGCUGCAGCCGCGGCGGCGGCAGCAGCGGUGGCGGCAGGAGCGGCAGCAGCGGUAGGAGCGGCAGGAGCUGCAGUGGCGGCGGGAGCGGCAGCAAGGAGGAGCUCACUGCUGCUUUUACGGCGGCAGGGACACCAGGGAGGGGAGGGGAUGGGUGUAUGGGCAGAUGGGGAAUGGGGAAUGGCGAUGGCGGCGGCGCGGCGGCGGGGCCAAGUGACGCACGUGAGAGGCAUGUGCAACUGAUUGCAGAGCAGGCGUAGAGGCACGGGACCAGCAGCAGGUGGCUGCGUGGGAGUGGGAGUGGCAGUAGGAGUGGGAGUGGGAGUGGGAGUGGGAGCGCGACUGGGAGUGGGGAUUGACCCAGCGGCAUGUGCCACGUGACACGUGUGUUGUCCCCGCGUGCGCAUGCUUGCUGGGGGAGUGCACACGCCGCGCGCGCGGCAAGGCUGGAUGGAGGGGCAGGGCAGACAGAUAGCAUGCCGCGGCGGGUGCGUGCACAGCAAACGUAUUCCGCCGUCGUGUUGUGAUGUGCGUGUCAACCGGUGUGCACGAUGAUGCGGCGCGCCGUGCCGUAUGAUGCAUAUUUCUGCAAAGUAAAAAGAACUUGAGGACCUCACAACUGAUGACAAGUGCGGCGCAUGCUGUUAUCGUGCCCGUGUGUGUAUGUGUGUGUGUGUUCGUCAUUCUUCAAUUUCUUUUCAUGAUGCUAUAACAUGUGUGGGCUGCAUGCAACUGCAAACGAUGUGUGCCCAGCGAAAGCCGGUAGGUGUUGUUGGCGUGUGGGUAUCGUAUCAGGAGAAGACCGGACCCUCAGGCACACCCGUCCUUCAUCCCCAGCAGCUGCCGCGAGGGACGGCGCCGUUCAUUGCCGGCUGUCGGGUCCGGGUGCAACCGCGCACACUGGCGCACACACCGCCUUCAAUGGAGUUGAAGAACGAACUGCGAGAUACGGUGGUUCCGAUGCAUCUUGUCUGUACAUAGUACUUACUACAUAGCGCAACCACAUACGAUACGUUCAUACAUAGCUACGCACACACAUAGCGCAACCACAUGCGGCACAUUCAUGUAUGUCAUGCAUAGCUAUGCACAGCGGCUUGGAAAUCGGUGCAGGCCGCCGUUUGUGUUUGGAAGGCUGGAAGUACGGAGGCAUCCAACGUGCGUGCGUGUCCCUGAUGUAGCUAGGGCACAUGUGCCCCGCACUUUGUCAACGAGCGGUGUAGGGGUGAGGGCAUUGAGUUUAAAAUGCACCCCAAGGAGGGGGCGGUCGCAUGCCCUGCGGCCGCCGCUCUUGGAAGCGUGUCUGUGAGUUACGUGUAGGCCUCCGCUAGCCACGCCAGCCGAGUGGCUGGAGAUGUGGACCAGGACCAAGAGUUGUGUUGCGUUUCGUCAUGCAUGGUUAGUUGAUGAGCGGACCUGCCCUGACGCGGCAAUUUUGACGCAAGGAUACGGUAGUGGAGUGUGGGCAAACAUAUGUACAAUGGAUUGGAGAUGCGGGGCCCAUGAUGCGUGUGGGAGUUCUGGACGGAGGUGUGUAGCGCAUGCACGGCGUGUGCGUAUUUGCCUGUGCGUUCCUUUGCAGUUGGCUGGCAGGACGGCACGCACUGACACACGCAGGAAGACAGAACCAACACGUGAUGGUAACUGAGUAGGAUACUCGGGCGAGCGCACUGCCGCGCCCGACCCAGUUGCCAAAAGGGACACCACCACUCCGCCGGCUGGACCGCCGGCCGGACGCGAGAUAGGCGCCGCCGCGCCGCGCGCGUGUUGCUUUUAUGUCGUGUUGCAGCUGGCUGGUGCGUGGGUUAGAACAGCACUGGUGGAUGUAGACAUGUAAGA